AUGUCCCAGUAUUGUUUGCUCUUAUUCAAAAUCACAUGGGAUAACUCUACAUCUUUCCAGCUAUUUGUUCUUCUCCUGUUCAGGCAUCAGAAGCUCAACAUGCAAGGAGGUUGUCCUGUUGGCCAGUGGUGGAAAUGGCAAUAUGUACUUUUACUGUUCUUAGGGGAAAGCAUCAGAUCAUUUUUUCCUGUGGCAUUGGCAUCUUUUGGGUUGUUACUGAAGGAUAUGGAAGACACAUUGUGUUUCCACCGUAAACAUCUUAACCACUGCCGAUCGACAUGGAAGAACCGAACGUGGCGAGCUACACGUCUGCUCCUUCACGAUCCAGGAUGUAGGCGGCCCAGUGGAGAGGCGAUGAGCAAAGGGGAGAUAGAUGGAAAUGUAAGGUGGGAGGAAACCUUCUCCGCUAUGUCAACCGAGCCUCGGGAGCGAAGCUCGGAUGGACUAAACGCAUCACCAGGCAGCAUCCCAUUACAGGCUAUUUGCAUUUCUGGACAGUACAGAACAAGGUAUGGUUCUGCAAUGACUACUGAUCGACACAGCCUGUCACUUCCAUCAAAGCUCUCCUUGGUACUGCAGAGUAUUCAAGUCAAUGAGCAUUAGGUUUGCAUGCCGUAAUGUUGGCUGCACAACACGGGCAGCUCUGGUUUUGGCCUUCUUGAUGCCUGCACAGCAGUGCACAGGCAUAACCCUGUCUUCCCACUUGGGCAAGACAGUUGCUGCAGGGCCAUUGGACUCAAGGCGCCAAUGCCACUGCCCAACUCAACACUUGUUCAACCAAACAAUCAAAAAUAACUCUUAAUAGUACUGGGUUAUCUAUGACUUGAGACAAAACUACCAAAAGUUCUAUGCUUCAAGGUCUUAACAGCUGCUGUCACGGUUCUUUGCUCCAUCAAGAAAUCCUUCACCUGGCCUGCCCUCAGACAGCAUUCUGGCUUCCUUGCAACUGACCCUCGGAAGCCAAGCUCGGUCAGCUUCUUGAUCAUGUCUUCUCCCUUAACCAUCUUCUAGAGUCCAGCAUCUUCAAAUUGCUUGAUCACCUUUUUUUUUUAAACAAAUGGAUCUCUCUUGCUCUCUCUCCAACCAUUGCUACAAAUAUUAAGAACACACAAUCAAUAUGUAUGUUGCAACAAUUAAUUAAAGCAACAAUGUGGCCAUGUUAAUGACACACUCUUGUGAAUAUAUGGAUGGAUGUAAAAUUCCAUUUGAGAUAGGAGCCACAUUUGUCCAAAUAAUAGAAGAUUCCAUGCUUGGAAGAAGAAUAAACAACUUAUUCAAGCUAUUCAGCAUGUCCAAUUUUUCACUUUCAGUUCACAUACCAUUUCAGCUAAACCAUGGUUUUAAAAACCAACAGCAUAAUAUAGCAUUCAU